AUGGCUCUACAUACAAAAUUCUUUGCACAUUUGAUUGUUACAUUCCUAUUUUUAGUUUCAUGUCCCUCAGCCUUUCAUGGGGACCUACAUGAUCAUAGCGAUAUCCAGCAAACUGGAUAUGACUCUGAAGCAUACCCUUCAUUUCUUAGUACUGUUGAUGGCAGCCAAUUUGAUAACUCCAUGAUGUUUGAAGCCGGGGCUUCUGAUGGCUUGACCAAACUUUCCAGACUCGAAAGCUCGGGUAGAAUCAUUAAUGUGGAUAGGUUUGGAGCUAAGGGUAAUGGAGCUGAGGACGAUUCAAAUGCAUUUCAGUCUGCUUGGAGAGAAGCUUGUUUGUCUACAGUAGCUGUUACUCUUGUGGUAUCCCAAGGAAAAGAUUAUCUUCUUAAACCUGUUAAAUUUUCAGGUCCCUGCAAGUCUGAAAUUACAGUGCAGAUUAAUGGUGUCCUUCUAGCUUCUGAUGAUAGAUCAGACUAUGGUAGAGAUGGGAGGCAGUGGAUUCGUUUUGACAGCGUCCAAGGCUUGAUUGUUGAAGGGGGUGGAGUUAUCAAUGGGAGAGGAAAUAUAUGGUGGCAAAAUUCAUGCAAAAUCAACAAAGCUCUGCCAUGCAAGGACGCACCAACGGCUGUGAUAUUUUACAACUGCAAGAACUUGGUAGUCCAGAAUCUCAGAUUCCAAGACGCACAACAAAUUCAUAUGGCUUUUGAGAAAUGCAUAAAUGUCCAAGCUUCCAAUUUAAUUGUGACUGCACCAGAGGAAAGCCCCAAUACUGAUGGAAUUCAUGUAACAAACACUCAAAAUAUCCAAAUCUCUGGCUGCACAAUAGGAACAGGUGAUGAUUGCAUUUCGAUUGUAAGUGGAUCCCAAAACGUGCAAGCUACAGACAUAACAUGUGGACCAGGACAUGGAAUUAGUAUUGGAAGCUUGGGAUCAGAAAAUUCUGAAGCUCAUGUCUCUGAUGUAACUGUACAUGGAGCAAGGCUUUCCGGCACCACUAACGGAGUUAGGAUCAAGACAUGGCAGGGGGCAGCUGGGAGUGUAAGCAACAUCAAGUUCCAAAAUAUCCAAGUGCAUGAUGUUCAGAACCCGAUAAUCAUAGACCAAAACUAUUGUGACCAAGCCACGCCUUGUACACAACAGCAUACAGCCAUCCAAAUUAGCAACGUACUCUAUCAGAACAUCUAUGGAACAAGUGCUUCAGCCGCAGCCAUAAACUUGAAUUGCAGCAAAAGCUUCCCAUGUCGAGGGAUUGUGCUACAAAAUGUUAAUUUAGUAGGUGAAGGAGGUGGAGCAGCAAAAGCUUCAUGCAACAAUGUCAAUUUGAGCAACGUUGGGCUCGUUUCUCCACGAUGUGCAUAA